AUGCAUUCUUCAAUCCCCUCAGCAGGUCUCCUAGCCUCUCUUUUCAUCCCAUCUGCCUUCUCAAUCCCCUCCAAAUAUCAACACUCAUCCUUCCACCCCAACAACAUCAUCACCCGCGAUGUAGCAAUCAUAGGCGGCGGUUCCUCCGGCACUCAUGCCGCCAUAAGCCUCAAAGACACUGGCAAAAGCCUUAUCGUCGUUGAAAUCAAGGGUCGCCUGGGAGGCCACACAGAAACCUACACCGACCCAGCAACCGGUGUAGCCCAAGACUACGGCGUCCUAAUUUACCACAACGAAAGCACCGUCCUCGACUACUUCGCCCGCUUCGACAUACCCCUAGCCAUCCCAGAAUUCGCCACAAACCGUGCAAACUACGACCUCAGCACCGGUCUCGAAGUCAACAUUAGCGCCCCUUCCCCCGAAGCACUAGGCGCUGGACUUGAGAGAUACGCCGCCUUCCUAGCCCAGUAUCCAGAGCUGAAUAGCGGCAUGUUCCUACCGGACCCCAUCCCAGAAGACCUAACCAUGCCGUUUGGGGACUUCGUCAUCAAAUACGGUAUCGAAGCUACCGUACAGACCAUGUUCAGUACGAACCAAGGUAUCGGCGAUAUUCUCAGCGCACCCGUAGUCGAGAAUGCGCGUGUCAAUGCAUUAGGUCUAGUAGCGCAACUCGCUGCCAACAGUCUCGUCUCCACAGCUCGACGCAACAACAGCGAGCUGUACGGGAAAGCGCAAGCUGAGCUCCUCGACGCUGACAGCUUGUUGCUGUCUUCCGAGGUCGUACAUUCGGUACGGAAAGAGAGUGGCGUUGAACUCGUUGUGGAGACACCCGACGGCGUGAAAUUGAUUUGCGCAAAGAAACUCCUCAUUACCAUUCCUCCAAAAUUGGAUAUCCUCGCUCCCUUCGAUCUACAAAAGCAAGAACGCGACGUCUUCGGUAAACUGAUCAAUGCUGGGUACUACGCCGCUCUGGUCAAGAGUACGGGGCUACCGGAAGAUUUGUUCAUAUACAACUACGCGCCAGACACGCCUUACAAUUUGCCUCCAAUUCCAGGUAUCUAUCUUAUGCAACCAACCGCUAUCCCUGGUGUCAAAGCAAUCUACUACCGUUCUAAAGUGUCAAACUCUACGUAUCCUCUCUCUGAUGACUUUGUCAAAGGGGAAAUCGUUGCUGGUAUCAAGAGACUGCAGAGCGCAAACCCUGACAAAUUCAAAGUUACGGAACCGGAGUUUGUCGUCUACACGUCACAUGUGCCAUUCUACGUGCAAGCUGCAUCCGAGGAUAUACAGGCUGGGCUGUAUGAAAAAAUGAAUGCGUUACAGGGUUUGAGGAGCACGUAUUGGAGUGGAGCGGCGUUUAGGACGCAGGAUAGCAGUGCGUUGUGGCAAUUCAACAAGGAAGUAGUGCUGCCGAUGUUGGUAGAGGGGUUCUGA